UUUCGCAUAACCAAAUAUGGCUUUUCCUACAGGUCGAAGUGAAUAUCGUGAACCAGAUAUGAAGUACUAGUGAAAAUUAAUAGGAAAAAAUAGUUUUUUAGUUUAAUUUAAAUGUAAAUAGGUUUGUGCUCGAUCGUUUGGAUAGUGGAUAACGUUAGGGAUCAAGAUGUCUUUUCGAGUAGUAAGAAGUUCAAAAUUCCGACACGUUUACGGCCAAGCACUGAAAAGGGAGCAAUGCUACGACAACAUCAGGGUAUCAAAGAGCUCCUGGGACUCCACAUUUUGUGCUGUGAACCCCAAGUUUAUCGCCAUCAUUGUGGAGAGUGCCGGUGGGGGUGCUUUUAUCGUUUUACCUCAGGGAAAUAAGAUUUCAGGAAGGAUCCCCGCUGACCAUCCCCUAGUAGGUGGUCACAAAGGUCCAGUUUUAGACAUAGCUUGGUGCCCGCACAAUGACAACAUCAUCGCUAGCGGGUCCGAAGAUUGUGUUGUCAAGGUUUGGCAUAUACCCGAUGGAGGACUUAUUAAGACGCUUACAGAACCCAUAGUCGACCUGGUGUACCAUCAGCGGCGGGUGGGAUUGGUGCUUUGGCAUCCUACCGCCCAAAAUGUCCUACUGACCGCCGGAAGUGAUAAUCAGGUGGUUAUUUGGAACGUUGGUACCGGAGAGGCCCUAGUAGAAAUUGACUGCCAUCCGGACAUCGUGUACAGCGCUUGUUUCAAUUGGGACGGUUCGGAGCUUCUUACCACCUGUAAAGAUAAGAAAAUUAGGAUGAUCAACCCCCGAACCGGGGAGGUGACGGCGGAGGCGAUCGCGCACGAGGGUUCCAAAGCGACCAGGGCGAUAUUUUUGAGACACGGGCUGGUUUUCACCACUGGAUUCUCGAAAAUGUCCGAGAGGCAAUACAGUUUACGUACCCCGGACUGUUUGGAGGAACCCAUCGUGAUGGUCGAGCUGGACACGUCCAAUGGCGUCAUGUUUCCUUUAUAUGAUCCGGAUACGAAUUUGAUUUAUUUGUGCGGAAAAGGAGAUUCGGUUAUAAGAUAUUUUGAAAUAACGGCCGAGCCCCCCUUCGUGCACUACAUUAACACCUUCCAAACGCCCGAUCCUCAGCGAGGUAUCGGCAUGAUGCCAAAGAGAGGUUGUGACGUCACUUCCUGCGAAAUCGCCCGGUUUUACCGGUUAAACAACUCCGGAUUAUGCCAAGUGAUAACAAUGACGGUACCUAGAAAAUCCGAACUCUUCCAAGAGGAUUUAUAUCCAGAUACUCUUGGUGACACGCCUGCUCUCACGGCCGAAGAAUGGCAUGAGGGAAAAGAUGCCGAGCCGAUCUUAAUUUCGCUUAAAGACGGAUACAAACCGCCCGAAUCUAAGUCGGUCUCAGUCACACGAAAGACGAAUAUGCUCAAUAAAAUACCUCCGAAAAGUGGCGGUAAAGCGAACGAUAGUAGUGGAGGAGAUCCAGGAGCGAUGGAAAAAUCCCUAAAAGACUUCGCGGACGAGCUACGAAAGCUGAAAGUGAUCAUAGUAAAACACGAGAAUCGGAUCAGAGCGUUGGAAGCUGAAGUGGCGCUGACUCGGACGCAGGACGGCAAAACUGACGCAGAGGAUGUGGACGGCGCAGGAGGAGACGGGUUAGGAGCGCGACCGCCUCCCGCCGCCCUCGCUUCAGACGAGGUGUGAUGGGGCGCAUGUGCGACGCCCGGAACUGUGACGGUCUGUGGUGCUGCUCAAUAUGUUCUACAAGGAGUAGAGGUGUUAACCCGCCAAAAAAUCUAUACCGGUUUGCGAUUGCCUUGCUUUUUAUACAUAAACCAUACCACGAGUACAUCCCUAUUUAUUUUUUCAUGAAACGCGAUAGUUUACCAAAAAAAUAUCAUAUAUUUUCUCUCUCUCUCUCUCUAUCAUCAACUCAAGUGCUCUUAUUAUUGUUAAGUCUGCUGUGCUGUUUUAGGUGUGUGAAUUUUAGUUUGUUAGAAAGAAAAAAGGUGAAAUCAUGCACGUUUACAUACAAAAAAGUUUGUAAUUAUUAUCGAAAUUCGAGUGCAAUAAGGGAUAUAGAUAUAACAUGACAUGUGUUUUGAUUUUACCUUUUUUUUAAAUGUUUUAUUUUUCUUAGGGGGGCAUAAACAACUUGUUCAAGAACAUAUCAGUACAAAUUAUUUGCACCUUCUGUGUGAUUCAGAUAAUGAACCGAAUUGCUUAUGUACCCCACUGUAUUUCUUUAAUUUACUUACGUGGAAUUUUUGAUAACACGUAUGCUUUAAACUGUAUUUGCUGUUAAUAAUAUUCUAUUUUUUUAUUUGCAUGUUGUUGAUUUGCACAGGGAAAUUUUAUAUGUGAAAAUUGUUAAUAAAUAUACAACAUUUGUUAAAUCAGCCAACUAUUGGCCCACUAUUUUUUUAUAUAUUAUGUAUUAUAAUGAAAAUAUACCUCAGAAGGAAGUUAUCAAAAGUUCCAUUUUUCGUGUGCGAAAAACCUAACAACGAAUAAUUCAAUAUUGUAUAUAGAUGUGUAUAAAAAAAAAUUAUGUAACUUGCAUUUUUGGAACUAAUAAUAUUAAUGUAUUGUAUUGUUAGUAUUUUUACAAAUAUAUUUAUCAAAAACCGUUUA